UAGAUACUAUAAAGCCCAUAAAUAAUCAGUCACGUGGCGAAUCCACAACCGCAACGUGUGAACAGUCACGUAGAGGAUCGCUCCACGAUUGAAUCAAUCAAUCAGAUUUAACUUGUACAACAACGUGCAUCCCCUCUCUUCUUGUUCUGACCACUCUUCCUGUCUCUCAACACUGGUGGUGAAUUUGAGUUUAAUUUAUUUAAUUUGAAAAUGCCGGCGUUUUACGGAGGAAAGCUGACGACUUUCGAGGAUGAUGAGAAGGAGAGCGAGUAUGGUUACGUUCGCAAGGUCUCAGGUCCCGUCGUGGUUGCUGAUGGGAUGGCUGGUGCGGCUAUGUACGAGUUAGUGCGUGUUGGUAAUGAUAAUCUCAUUGGAGAAAUCAUCCGUCUUGAAGGAGAUUCCGCCACUAUCCAAGUUUACGAGGAGACAGCUGGAUUGACGGUUAAUGACCCUGUUCUUCGAACACACAAGCCUCUUUCUGUGGAGCUUGGACCAGGAAUAUUAGGAAACAUCUUCGAUGGAAUUCAGAGGCCUUUGAAGACAAUUGCGAAAAGAUCUGGUGAUGUGUACAUCCCUCGUGGUGUCUCUGUUCCUGCUCUUGACAAAGAUUGUCUCUGGGAGUUCCAGCCUAAUGAUUUUGUUGAGGGAGACACAAUAACUGGUGGUGACUUGUAUGCUACCGUCUUCGAGAACACUUUGAUGACUCACCGUGUUGCCCUUCCUCCUGAUGCCAUGGGGAAGAUCACUUACCUUGCUCCAGCUGGUCAAUACUCCCUUAAGGAUACAGUGCUAGAACUUGAGUUCCAGGGGGUUAAGAAGUCGUACACCAUGCUUCAGAGCUGGCCUGUCCGUACGCCUAGGCCAGUUGCAUCCAAACUUGCUGCCGAUACUCCUCUACUUACGGGACAGCGUGUCCUUGAUGCUCUUUUCCCCUCGGUUCUUGGUGGAACUUGUGCUAUUCCUGGUGCUUUUGGCUGUGGUAAAACUGUUAUCAGUCAGGCACUUUCCAAGUAUUCCAACUCCGAUGCUGUUGUUUACGUUGGUUGUGGAGAGAGAGGAAACGAAAUGGCUGAGGUGCUUAUGGACUUCCCACAAUUGACAAUGACGUUGCCUGAUGGCCGUGAGGAAUCUGUCAUGAAACGUACUACACUGGUUGCCAAUACCUCUAACAUGCCUGUGGCUGCUCGUGAAGCCUCCAUUUACACAGGAAUCACCAUCGCUGAGUAUUUUAGAGAUAUGGGAAUGAAUGUUAGUAUGAUGGCAGACUCAACUUCCCGUUGGGCAGAAGCAUUGAGAGAAAUUUCUGGACGUCUGGCUGAAAUGCCUGCCGACAGUGGAUACCCUGCCUAUCUAGCAGCACGUCUAGCGUCUUUCUACGAGCGUGCUGGUAAAGUGAAAUGUCUCGGUGGACCAGAGCGUGAUGGAAGUGUCACAAUUGUUGGUGCUGUUUCACCUCCUGGUGGAGACUUUUCGGAUCCUGUGACGUCUGCUACCCUUAGUAUUGUGCAGGUCUUCUGGGGUUUGGACAAAAAGCUUGCCCAGAGAAAGCAUUUCCCUUCUGUUAAUUGGUUGAUUUCAUACUCAAAGUAUUCAACGGCAUUGGAAUCUUUCUAUGAGAAGUUCGAUCCAGAUUUCAUCAACAUCAGGACAAAGGCCAGAGAGGUGUUGCAGAGGGAAGAUGAUCUUAAUGAAAUUGUCCAGCUUGUGGGAAAAGAUGCGCUAGCUGAAGGUGACAAGAUCACCUUGGAAACAGCUAAGCUGUUGAGAGAAGACUACCUUGCUCAAAACGCUUUCACACCAUAUGACAAGUUCUGCCCUUUCUACAAGUCUGUGUGGAUGAUGCGUAACAUUAUCCAUUUCUACAACCUAGCCAAUCAGUCGGUUGAAAGAGCAGCUGGAAUGGACGGUCAAAAGAUUACCUACACUCUCAUCAAGCAUCGCUUAGGAGAUCUUUUCUACCGUUUAGUGUCACAGAAGUUCGAAGAUCCAGCAGAAGGUGAGGCAGCGCUAGUGGCUAAAUUCAAGAAACUGUACGAGGAUCUCACUGCUGGAUUCCGUGCCUUGGAGGAUGAAACUCGUUAAAGCCUGCCUGUCAGAGGAGUGAGUCUUCUCUCCACAAAGUUCUCUUGUGUUUUUUGAGACAACAACAAACUAUCAUAGUGGUCGGUUAUUUUAUUCAUCGGUUGGUUUGCUCCAUCGAUUGAGUUUAGCUUCUUGAACUUCAUACAAUUUCUCCGGCUGUGCUGUGUAAUAUGUUUGAUUCUUUGUUUGUUUUUCAUUAUUGUAAUAAGGUGCAAAGCCAAAGUGACUGUGUAUUUGGUAUUAUGUACCACUCUCAAUUCAAUAAGCUAUUUCUUUUAUUUUCAAAACCUAUUGGGGAUACUUGUACUUUCUCAUAAUAAUAUAUCAUCAUUUUGUA